CCCUUGGUACUCACCCAGCUUAUCCACGUCUCUGGACAGUUCAAGCUACGCUUCGUUCGCAGAGGCUGUGUUACAGCUAUGUUGAGACUAUUAACGGUGAAACCAGCGGUCUGUCUCAAGCCUGUCCUCUCCUUUCUCUUCCCUCCAAAGGCAUUGAAAUCGCCUCAAAGCUCUAAACUUUUCUUCCGCAAAUCUCUCUCUCUGUUGUCUUCCUCCACGUCGCAAGCCCGAUCUUUUACUUCGCGGGCUUCAAAUUUUCUCAAUAAUGGCAGUAUUGAGCCCUAUUAUCUCUCUUGUUGCAUGCCCGAUAAGCGUCUCAGAGUAGCUGUUCUUCUCAGCGGUGGUGUCGAUAGCAGCGUUGCUCUCCGCCUCCUUCAUGCUGCUGGCCACCAAUGCACUGCUUUCUACCUCAAAAUCUGGUUUCAAGAAGAUUUCGAGAACUUUUGGUCUGAAUGCCCGUGGGAAGAAGAUUUAGAGUACGCUAAAGCUGUUUGUGAUCAGGUGGAUGUACCAUUAGAAGUUGUGCAUUUGACUGAUGAAUAUUGGAAGAAUGUGGUCUCUUACAUCAUUGAGGAGUAUCGAUGUGGGCGUACUCCCAAUCCAGAUAUUCUUUGCAAUACACGAAUUAAGUUUGGUGCAUUCAUGGAUGCCAUUAACAGUAUGGAAUUUGAUUAUGUAGCCUCUGGGCACUAUGCCAAUGUCAUCCAUCCAUCUACAGAUAAAAUAAACAAGUCUUCUGUCUUAGAACUCUCAAAAGACAUGGUCAAGGAUCAAACUUAUUUUCUUUCACAUCUGUCACAGGCCCAGCUUAAGAGACUUAUUUUCCCACUUGGUGGUAUUCCAAAGGAUGAAGUUCGCAAAAUUGCUAAACAAUUUGAUUUGCCUAACAAAGACAGAAAGGAUUCACAAGGAAUAUGCUUCCUUGGGAAGAUCAAAUUUAGUGAAUUUGUUGCAAGACAUAUUGGGGAGAAGGAAGGUAUAAUAUUGGAGGCAGAGACAGGAGAUUUCCUUGGCACACAUCGAGGGUUUUGGUUCUACACUAUUGGUCAGCGGCAAGGUCUACGUCUUCCUGGGGGUCCCUGGUACGUUGUUGCGAAGGAUACUAAGAACAAUGUAGUGUUUGUUUCAAGAAAUUAUUUCUCAUUUGACAAAAGAAGGUGCUUAUUCCGCGUUGGCUCCUUGAGAUGGUUUAGUGGUUCGCCUCCCACAAAAACCAGUGUGCUGCAGUGUAAGGUGAGACAUGGCCCUGGGUUUUAUGAUUGCAGUGUGGUGAUUAAUCCUGGUGAAGUUGAAAGUGAAGAUGUUGCAGUUGUCCGCUUAACCGAAGAUGAUCAAGGUCUAGCGGCAGGGCAAUUUGCAGCCUUUUACCAGGGAAGGACCUGCAUAGGCUCUGGUGUGAUCUUGGAGUCUUGGGAUGAUCAGGGAUUUCCCAUAUGUGAAAGGGCCCUUGAAUUGGCAAGAAUGGAAGACAAAUCAAAGCUUGGGAAACCAGUUAAAAUAAAGGUUAAACCAGAGAUUCCACACGAAUCUGAUAAAAGGGAUGAUAUAGGACUUGAUAGAGGAUUGGCUGAUCCCAAGGUUGCUAUCAUGAGUUGAAAAACGUUGUACGUAUCAAUGGGAAGAGAAAUCCAGAUCCAAUGGGUUUAGAUAUGGUCUUCAUAAAACUCGAGAGCAUUAACGAAGACAAUGGUGAGGAUUCUUGCCACCGGAGGCUAAUUUUGGUGCAGACAGGUGGUGACGGGUAUAUUUGUAUGUAUGAAUGUGUACAAAUGCUAGAAAUAUCAGGAUAAUACUAAAAAUAAAUAUUUAUUUGAAAACUUUUAUUUUCUUGUAAUGCAUUAAUAUGUAAUCUUUUUUUUAAAUUCAUUGAAGGCUUUUAUGGGUUGAAAUAA